AUGUCAAGCAAGCAGUCCUCCUCUUCACGCCCAGGCACUCCCACUGCAAAUAUGUCCUCUCCCAGCAAGAACCCGCUCCCCCCUACCAGCGCUACCAGCGCCGCCAACUCCAACAGCACCUACCCUAACAACUCCUCCACCAAUGCCAACACCAACGAUGUAGCCAAGUCCCUCCCCCUGCCGGGAUCCUCCAUUCCUGACAAGCCACCUGUCGGCAGCCUUCUCAAGGGUCCUGUUGAUGCCAAUGGAAACCCUAAGGACUCCAGCUUCCUGGUCGGUAUCAAGCUUGACCUUGAAGCCGAGGUUCACCUCACAGCUAGGGUCCGAGGUGAUAUCCUUGUUGGGCUAUACUAG